UGAAUAAUUGUAUUGAAUCUAACUGUCGUAAAUCGGAUUGAUAUUUAAGCAAUGGUUGCCUGAUCGUUACAAACUCCUGCGCUUCGAAUCGAGUAAGAACAAAAAAUGGGUACAUCAGAAUCAAAACAAUCAGUAACUUAUGAAUACCCUUUGACAGACAAACCAUGGAGAGAGCCAUCAAACUGGAACUCACAGGUUGAACAGGCUCUUAUUGAAGACAUCAAAAAGAUAAAACCAAAAAGUUUAGUAAACAUUCUUUUGUCGGGACCGGUUGGAGCUGGAAAAUCAUCAUUUAUAAGUGCCAUAUUUACUAUUUGUGAUGGAGAAAAAUCAACAAGGGCUAAAACAGGAGGUUCUGGAUCAAGCUAUACUGUUAAGUACAGUGGGUACCUUCCAGAAAAUCUUUUGGAAAAUUUCGUGUUUCGAGACACGAUGGGAAUCGAGCCAAGUGACGGUAUUGGAUUUCAUGUUGAUGACUUCAUAUACCUAGUGAAGGGACAUAUAGCGAAUAACUACACGUUCAAUCCUGCUUCAAAAAUAACAACCGACAACAAAAGCUUUAGAAAAGAACCUGAACCGAUGGAUGUGAUCUCCUGUGUAAUUUUUGUUAUCAGCGCUAAAGAUAUAUAUUAUGGCAUACCAUACGAUUUUAUCAGAAAAAUAGGUCAAUUACAAGACAAUCUUCGGCUAGAAGAUAUACCGAGGACACUUAUUCUUACACAGGCUGACCGCCUGUGUGACCAAGUCCGAGAGAACAUCAAAAACAUGUUUCGGAGCAAAAAAAUAGAAAAAGCUGUACGAACUGCAAGCGAGAUAUUUCAUAUCGAUCAAGCGUCGAUUCAUCCUGUUGUGAAUUAUGAAGUGGAUUACACACUGACUCCAGAAAAUAACAUCCCACUGCUUCUUGCACUUAAACAGAGCUUGAAAUACGCAAACGAUCGUCUCAAGCAGAUAGAAAGUGCUAAGAAAAUACGCUAAUGAUCGCUUGUCAUACCGAUGAUUAACAAUUGGUGUGACAGCUUGUUUUGACACUUGUCAACAUUUAAAAAAAGAAAGUAUGUCUAAGAGUAAAUUUGCAUGAUUUUUUCUAACAGUUAAGCUCGCGUUUCUUAAAUGACAUUUUCGAAUUUGACAUUGCUUUUAUUUAAUAAGACGUACAUAAUUCAUAUGUUUGUACGCAGUGUGCAACUGUGCUGCAUUUGUAUACUUCACAGUUAGUGAAAAUAUUUGUAAUUCAAUGUUAGCUUUUAUAUAUAGUACAUGCUGAAAAUGUUAUAAAUAAAAUUAAUUCAUCUUUU